AUGUCAAUCUAUAUGAAAAUCUUAUUAAAUUAUUUGCAAUUGAUCAUUCCAAUGUAAAUAUUAAUAUGACCUCUUGGCCACGCAGCUUUACUAGGCUUCUCCUUCCAACUCCAAGCCUCAAUUUCCCACAGGGUAAAAUCCAAUCUUAAAAAAGGGACUUAGGCUAGACUCCGCACACUCCCAGAAUUACUUGACUAGUAUCACUGUCAUUUCUGGGCAAGCAAGAUAAUAUUAAAUAUGUGUCGAGCCUUUUGGCCAUCCGGGCAACUCUUUAGCGUGAAGGAGCUACAAAUCUUUUCUUUUUACCAAGAGUUCCAGAUUUCUAUGAAGGGAAACCAUUUUCAAGUCAGAUGGCAGGAAAGACAGCCAUCGAGAUCCGAAGGCAGAAGCCGAGGUGAAGCACCCUGUAUUGGACGUUAAACGAGAACCUUAAACUAAUUAAUCGAUGAUCACUCCAAUAUCUGCUUUUAAGCUAAAUUGGUCAUCAGAAGUUUUGGCCCUUUUUGAAUUCCAAAGCAACACAGAUUAUAUACAGCCCCAAAUUUACUCAGUUCAAUGCCUUUUGCAAAAAUAUAGCUCCCAACAAUCCACUUAUUUUGAGACUCUUUUUAUAACUGCUCUAAUCCCAUUUGUACUGAUUAUUUUAUUGAUAAUAUUUUGAAUGAUUUUGAAGCUGGUGAAAUCUUCAUUUCCAACGUUUUGAGAUGAUUUUAUAUCGACGUGCAUUAUUUUAUUAUUUUUACUACACUCAAGUAUUGUUAAAAAAAUGUUUGCGUCGAUGAAUUGCACUGAGAUUAAUAAUGGGGAAUAUUGACUUGAAGAAGACCUUGAUAUAAAAUGCUGAAAUUAUGAACAAACUUACUUAUUUAAGUACAUAUAACUCUUAGCACACACACUAAGAGGUUGCGUUCCUUUAUAAAAUGUCUCUAGCACUGGUUACCAGGGGGACGCUUAGAGAUGAUGCUACCGACUUUGACGGCUCAUGAGUGAGCGAUAUCUCUUUUCCUUGAUCCUAUAUGGUAACUAAAGACUUAUUUGCUGCCUCAAAUUGAAGUAGAAAAACCAAAAUCCUUUCAGAUUUCCUAAUAAUGGGUAGAUGGUGCCAAAUUGUUUUGCCACUCAUAUUAAGGAUAGAAUUCCCAUAAAAAAACCCCUCAUAGUCAUAAAAUGCCAAAUGAGUGGCCAAAUAGCCAAUUACCACCUUACUUAUACCGCCAUUUUAUUACGCUGAAGUUAUGAGCAUUAUUUUUACGUAAUGACUAUAUCUUUGCCAACUAUCAUUAUAUGAGGAAUUAUUUUACCUACAGUUUGUUUAAUAGCUCUCAUUAGAGACAAAGAGAAUCUUAAAUCAAUAAAUAUUCGUGUGAGAUAUGGGUUUAUUUUUAAUGGUUACAAGGAAAGUAAAUUCUAUUGGGAAUUUAUCAUUUUAUAUAGCAAAAUCGUCUUAAUAUGCUGCUCAAUAUUUUAUCAAAGAAUUUCCUUAAAACUCCAAGCCGUUUCUGCUACAAUUUUAUAUACAAUUUAUUUUCGCCUGCAAUACUCAAAUAAUCCUUAUAGUGAAAAUGAUUUAAAUCGGACUGAAUUGCGCUCUAAAUUCGCCUGUUUAUUUACUAUUUACUGCGGACUUUUUUAUUUGAUGGGAUCAUUAAAUGAAGGAGUCAGCUAUUUUUUAUUUAGUCUCAUUGCUUUGAUAAAUCUCUAUUUUUUAUGUUUUAUGUGUUUUUGCAUUGCAAAGACAAUUUUUAACAAAAAAUAA